UCCUUGCGGGCUGCACAUACACGCAACGCGCAGCUAGGAGGGUCCGUGUCCGUAAGAUACUUUCAUUGUGAAUGUAGUCAACUUAAAUGAUAAAAAUGUUAGGGAUUCAAUUUGCGGUGCUUUGGGCUGGUCUAUUCGUUAUCUGUAGCGGGAAUGUGCCCGAAACAGAUUACGGAUUUUCCUCAAAAGAUGGCGCGUUUUAUACUGACGAUGCAAUUGUGAUUAAUGCCCAUGUAGACCGAUCAAAACGUGACAUAACGAAUUCAACCAGAGACGGAAAACAACUUCUGCUAUUGCAAGCUAGACAGCAAUCAGACGAGGGCGCUUUCGGCGAGGAAUGUGUAUCGACAAUGGGCAAGAAGGGUACAUGCAAAAGUUUCCGGGAUUGUUAUCCACUGUUUAAAGUUGCCGACCUUUCUGGCUGGGAUGGUUGGGUGAUGGGACAUUACGACACGUGUAGCUACAUAAGCGCAGACAACAUGGAGGUUUUUGGUGUAUGCUGUACAGAGCCGGUUGUUACCCCUCCUCAGCAAGAACCGGAUGUGCAAAGAUUAGGAUUAUUGCCGGGUCAACUACCUCCGAUACCUGCCUUCGCAGGUCGUGUUUCUGCAUUGACGGCUCAGUGGCCUUUUGAAGGUAUUAGCGAGGUUCGUCAGAUACCGGCCCAAUGGCCGCCCACACUUCCGCCUCUACCUACCCACCCGCCUGACCACACAGCGCCAACCCAUCCACCUGCAAUGGGUAUCACGAAACCACCACAAGCUCAACCAACACCACCCACUACUACUUGGGGAACAAAGCCGCCCAGUACCACCAAGCCUACAACGAAACAGACAUGGCCUCCAGCAUUCCCAACGCAGCCGAGCAAACCAUCUCAGCCUGCAGUCAGCGGCGCUUGCGGUAUGAAGAAUGGACCAACGGCAUACGGUAGCACAUACGAUGUUCAAGAUGAAGAGCGCAUUGUUGGUGGACAUAACGCAGAGCUAAACGAAUGGCCCUGGAUCGUAGCCCUGUUUAAUGCUGGGCGUCAAUUUUGCGGAGGAUCUAUCAUUGACGACAAACACGUGAUAUCGGCAGCACAUUGCGUAGCUCAUAUGACUUCCUGGGACGUCGCUCGUCUCACUGCCAGACUGGGUGACUACAACAUUCGAACCAACACCGAAACAUCGCACAUCGAACGAAAAAUUAAAAGAGUUGUCAGGCAUCGAGGUUUUGACAUUCGCACAUUGUACAACGACAUUGCGAUCCUGACAUUAGAUCAACCAGUGACAUUUACAAAGAACAUUCGUCCCAUUUGUUUACCGAGCGGCGGUCGGGCUUACGCUGGCCUUGUUGCCACUGUCAUCGGAUGGGGCAGCUUGCGAGAGAGUGGUCCGCAGCCGUCUGUUCUUCAAGAAGUAUCAAUUCCGAUUUGGACUAAUUCUGAAUGUCGACUUAAAUACGGCCCCGCUGCUCCGGGCGGUAUAGUCGAUCACAUGAUUUGCGCUGGAAAAGCUAGUAUGGAUUCCUGCAGUGGUGAUAGUGGCGGGCCACUGAUGGUCAACGAAGGUGGUACGUGGAACCAAGUCGGAAUCGUAUCAUGGGGUAUCGGUUGCGGUAAAGGACAGUACCCAGGUGUGUACACACGCAUCACUGCCUUCCUACCUUGGAUACAGAAGAACUCCAAGUGA